AUGUUAACGAUCUACCUCACCCUAACCUCCCUCCUACUCGUCGCGGCGAUCCGGCUGAAAUCCGAACAACCGACCAAGGAUUGGUGGGAACGGGCCGGAUUCUACCAGGUCUACCCGCGUUCCUUCAAGGACAGCAAUGGCGACGGAAUUGGCGAUCUGAACGGAAUCACCGAAAAGCUGUCCUACCUCAAGGGCAUCGGAAUGCGCGGCUUUUGGCUCUCGCCCAUGUACAAGAGUCCGAUGGCCGAUUUUGGCUACGACAUCUCGGACUUUCGGGACAUCCAGGACGAGUACGGCACGAUGGACGAUUUUAGGAACCAGAUUGCCGAGGCGAAGCGGUUGGGGCUGAAGGUGAUUUUGGACUACGUUCCGAAUCACUCGAGUGAUAAGCACGAGUGGUUCAUCAAGUCGGUGAAUCGAGAACCGGGCUAUGAGGACUAUUACGUGUGGCGGGACGGAAAGCCGAAUCCGGAUGGGUCGGGCAGGCCGCUGGUGCCGAAUAAUUGGCUUUCCGGAAUGCGUGGCAGCGCCUGGGAGUGGAACGAGCAACGUCAACAGUAUUACUACCACCUUUUCACGGCCCAACAACCGGACCUGAACUUCCGCAACCCAACGGUGGUGCAAGAAAUGAAGGACGUGCUGAGCUUCUGGCUGGACGUCGGCGUCGACGGCUUCCGGAUCGACUCGGUCGGGUGCAUGUUCGAGGUUCCGGCGGACGCGAAUGGCGACUUUCCGGACGAACCGUUGAGCGGGACUACCGAGGACCAGGAGGACUUUGCCUAUUUGAACCAUAUCCAUACGAUUGACCGUCCGGAGAAUGUGGAGAUGGUUUACGAGUGGAGACAGUUGCUGGAGGACUAUCAAAAGAAACAUGGGGGUGAUACACGGAUUUUGAUGACCGAGUCGUGGUCGGGACUGGACAUUAUCAAGCCUUACUUUCGGAACAUUCGGGGAGUUGAGGGCGCCCAAAUGCCGUUCAAUUUCCGGUUGAUCACGGAGCUGACCGCGGACUCGAGUGCGUACGAUUUUAAGAACGUGAUCGAUUCCUGGAUGGCCAUCGUGGACGACCAGCAUUCGGCCAACUGGGUCCUCGGAAAUCACGACCGUGGCCGGGUUGCAACCCGGCUGGGCAUCGAACGGGCCGAUGGCAUAGCCAUGAUCGAGCUGACCCUGCCGGGAGUUAGCGUAACGUACCAGGGUGAAGAGAUCGCCAUGAUCGACGUGGACAUUUCGUGGGAGCAAACCGUCGAUCCACUUGGGUGUAACGAAGGGAGGGAAAAUUACGCCGCCAAAUCGCGCGAUCCGGUGCGGACUCCGUUCCAGUGGGACGAUAGCAACUUGGCGGGAUUUACCAGCGGGAAGACCACGUGGCUUCCGGUUGGACCGAACUAUAAAACCACAAACGUCAAGGUGCAGGAAGCGGACCCGAAGAGUCAUUUGAACGUGUUCAAGUCGCUGAUGGUGUUGCGAGACAGCGAUACAUUUUUGUACGGCGAUUGGAGCACGAUCGCGGCUAACGAGCAGGUUUUCAUUAUUGUACGCGAUUUGAAGAGUUCGGACACCUACCUCACCGUUGUGAACCUGGGAAGUUCCGUCCAAACACUGAAUUUAAACAAUCUUGUGAAGGAUCUGCCAAAAACGCUGUACUACAGAGUGGUUAGUGGAGGUUCAGCGCAUACAGUCGGAUACCCUGUCCAAACGAGUGCGGUUACUCUGCAGGCUUACGAAGCCUUCGUUCUACGAGCGAGACGCUCGGAGGAUCGCAAGAUGAGGGGCGAAAUCUGCGAGAGGUGGCUUUCGUAA